AUGGAUAAAAUACUGUUAUCUAUAACUGUAUUUGCAAUAUUUUUAAUACUUGAAGUCUGGUCAAGACCACCAACUCCUGAAGAAAUUAAAGAGCAACCGUUAAAUGCAGAUUCAAAGGACGAUUAUGACACACUUCCAGCAUUUUCAAUGAUACCUGAGAAUAUUAAGGAGAGUUUCAAGAAACAAAAGAUUCUAUAUCUUCAAUUGCUUCAGCAACAUCAUUUGUAA